GAGAGAGUAAGGGGAGGAGAGGGCAGUACCAUUGCUGCAUCAGUGCCACAGCAGAGUGGAGCAGUAAAGGACUAUCGUUUCCUCCUUAUUCUUUUACUCUAAACACUCACUGGUUCAAAAGAGGUUUGGAAUCAGAGACUGGAGCUCCUUGCACCGCUGGAUGCUCUACUAUCCUCCUCCUAUCCUCCUACUCUCUGUGGAUGCUGUGGUAUUCUGGAUUUCUAUUUCUUUGCGUCUCUACUGCUAAGCACUUCUGCUGCUGCUGCUACUUCUAGACAUUUAUGGCACUGUUUUGGUUGGAAUGUGUUUCUGGCUUCUUAUGACUGUUUUUGUCCGUUAAAUCUCUCUCUCUACACUGGUUAUAAUUUCACCGAGGACUUAUAGAUCUAGACUUUUAGAUGACCUCCGGGACUCCUUGAACUCCACCUGCGGGUACUGUACAGGGCAUGCACAGAAGUUGACCUCCAGAGAUUGUGUUUGUAUGCACCUCUGCAGCUCAGUGGGAAGGAGAGAGGACUAAAGGUGGAACCGAAACUAUUGGGUAGACAGACUACUGCAGCCAUGUGUACUGUACACACCAGAGCCUGCAUGUGCUAGGUUAGCCCACCAGAAGGCUGGCUGGUACUGGUGCACGACUCAAUUACGUACACACACACCCAGAGACACACACUCAUACACAGCAACAUUCUCUGCUGUUCUCAGUGCGCAACAGAGGACAACGUUUGCUACUGUAAGACUGCAUUGCGCUCUGAGGCCAGAAAAGUCAAAAAAGAGACAAGAAGGAGAGGAGCAGCAGAGAAGAGGAGGGGAAGAAACAACCAUUGAGUAGCAGCUUACCUCCAGGGGGGAACUAAAGUGCAAGGGAGAGGAGCACGGAUUGAUGAACUGACCGUUUGGUUAAAGAGAGAGAAACUGACCAUCUGGUAAAAGAGAGAGAAACUGACCAUCUGGUAAAAGAGAGAGAAACUGACCGUCUGGUUAAAGAGAGAGAAACUGACCGUCUGGUUAAAGAGAGAGAAACUGACCGUCUAGUUAAAGAGAGAGAAACUGACCAUCUGGUUAAAGAGAGAGAAACUGACCGUCUAGUUAAAGAGAGAGAAACUGACCGUCUGGUUAAAGAGAGAGAAACUGACCGUCUGGUUAAAGAAAGUGAUAAAGACCAUAAUAAGAGAUGAGAGCAGAAGUGAACUGACCGGUCUGUUUCCCGCAGCUCCAACAUGAACUCUUCCUCCUCUGAUGUGAACCAAAGCAGCUCUCCUUUCUGCCUGCUGGGCCUGGGAUACUCCUACAACCUCAACACCUGCGUGCUGGAGGUGUCCGUCAUUCUCUUCCUCACCAUCCUCAUCAUCAGCGGCAACCUGGUGGUGAUCUUUGUGUUCCACUGUGCUCCACUGCUUCACCACCACACCACCAGCCACUUCAUCCAGACCAUGGCCUACGCAGACCUCCUGGUGGGGGUGAGUUGCCUGGUGCCCUCCCUGUCCCUGCUCCACUACCUCAAGGGGCUGGAUGAGGAGCUCACCUGUAAGGUGUUUGUCUACCUGGUGUCUGUGCUGAAGAGUGUGUCCAUGGCGUCUCUGGCAUGUAUUAGUGUUGACCGCUACAUCGCUAUCACACGGCCGUUCUCCUAUGCUACGCUGGUCACACCGUGUCGCCUGCGCGUCUGUAUCGGCCUCAUCUGGCUCUACUCCGCCCUCAUCUUCCUGCCCUCCCUCUUCGGGUGGGGAAAGCCUGGCUACCACGGAGAUAUAUUUAGUUGGUGUGCAACCUCGUGGCAGACCGAUCCGGGCUUCAGCUCAUUCAUCGUGGCUCUGCUGUAUGCUCCAGCCACCCUCACUGUGUGUUUCACCUAUGGGAGUAUCUUCCGCAUCUGCCGUCAGCACACCCGCAAGAUCACCCAACGCCUCACACGCUUCGGCCCCCAGGGGAACGAGAGGGGCGAGCGUGGUGAAGGGUGCCUGGAUAAGCGCUACGCCAUGGUGCUGUUCCGAAUUACCAGCGUGUUCUACGUGCUCUGGAUGCCCUACAUCGUCUACUUCCUGCUGGAGAGCGCCGGCCUCUAUUGCCACCUGGUGGCCUCCUUCCUCACCACAUGGCUAGCCAUCAGCAACAGCUUCUGCAACUGCCUCAUCUAUAGUCUCUCCAACAGCAUGUUCCGGAAGGUCCUGGGCCGCCUGUUCACGUCACUUUUCUCCCCCUGUCUGGAACUGGACUGCUGCACCGAGGGGAAGAAGGGUCCUGCUCCACCCAGCCAGCGCCCAGCCCAGGCCUGCUAGGUGUGACAGUCUCCUACAGACACUGUCUGGUUGGUUAGCUACAGUAAGCUAAGGCCUCGGCUUUAGCUCCUGGUGAGUGCAGUGUAUUACUACAUUGCAUGUCACAGGGUGUCUCUCUACAAUGGUAGUGCAUAGACCCCUGAGGCCAGGCCAGAGAGGUGCCCAUGUCUAUGCCCUUCAUUUCAGAGGGGUGGUUUACAGACGGUAGCGGGUGGGGUUUUCUCCAGUCUUUUUCUGCAGUGUUCUCCCAAGCGUGGACUGUCUGUUUCUGGCUGUGUGGAUCACCACUGUGCGUGGAGGAGAAGGUGUAAGGUAGUUUAGAUGAACAUCAGAAUGGAUCUGAGGAAAAAAGUAGCAACUCCAGUCGUAUAGCUUUGGUGCCAUGUUUGGCGCCUGUGAACCUUUAGCCUACCAAAUAUCUUCCAAAUGCAAAAAAAAUGACAAUAUCAGCACAACACGACUUGUAUUGUGUAAACCACUGCAGUGAAAAACGUUAUUUCAACAUUGAUGCAAAACUGUUACAUUGUGUUCCUUUAGGGUAGACAAUAGUGAAUCAAAACAAGUAUUUCGAAACAAAAGUACUAAAAAGACUGUAUUUCUUCACUUAGAAACUGCAACAGACAGUUUCAGUUUUGUAGCAAUUAUUGAAAACUUCAACUAUUUGAGGGUCAAAUUAUCUGUUAAUGAUGCUGUGCACUACAUUACAGUAUUACAUACAGAAAGGAUACCAGUUACCCGUAACAGUCAGUUUCCGAGAAAAUCAUUUAGUUUGUUCAGAAGCGUAUUUUGUGUAUUUUAUCCAAAGGAUUCUUCUAGGCGGGAAUGUUGAUGUAUAAAAUUGCCAAUUUUGGCAAGAUGGCCGACUCUAUGCCCACCGGCAUUCUGGUUUAUCAUGGACCUAUGUCUUCAUUCUGCAUUCUCAACAAGGAGACAAGUAGAUUUAUUUGUGAAUUGUAUUUUCUGUCCAUGUUCCCUCCUCAGGUUGAACGUCAGUUGUUUGUUCACCCUUAAUUGCUGAUGCCUUUAGACUGGUCUUGUGACUGCAAAUGCAUGACAUGCUCCACAUUAUAACAUGACAGCAAUAACAUAGUCAAGAUUUUCUUAUAGAUUGGAAUUGCAUCAUGUUAGGCAUGCUACCGAUCCAGAUGCACAACAAAAUACAAAGAGAGACACACUCAUUACUGUGUGCAUGCUGACUACUUACAGUCGAGCUAUUCUCUCCCUCUGUGCUCUCUGGCUCCUGAUAUCUGUACAGAUGAACUGAGUGGAGGAGUAGCACAUUAAUCAGAGGUCUAGACUGUCCUUCUAGAAGGCAGUGGGGUCAUGGAGACAAUGUGUUUCUAAGGGUUUCAUGUAAAGUAGGUUUAGGUGGAACUCCAGUGGGUCUCGAAGGCUUUUAUGGAAAGUAGACUUGUGAACUUCAUAUAGGUUUCUAUGUGAACUAAGUUAGAUCUGAUAUGUAGGAUAGGAGAGCAGACUUCUGGACAGUGUAAACAAUAAAAGGUGCAACGGUGAUUGUUUUGUAUGUGCGGGACUCUUCUUAUAUGACGAACCCAUUGGUACCCAGGUGUAGACAAUCACUCCCUCACACACACAGUAGAGCAAGCUAGGGUCAAACUACCGUGGCAAUUAAGCAAAGAGCAUUUUAAGAUGGGUCUGCAGUGCAGCACUCUAUAUUCUUAUCCCCAGGAAAGAUUGCAUUCCAUUCUAGGAAUUUCAAGAACCACAAGGACAGCAUGCAGGCAUCUUUUUACUAUAGUGUGUAUGCAAAGCUUGUAUACAACAUCUGUUAUGUUUCAAAAAUGAACUGUUCUGUAUGUUUUUGGAUAUCUGUUGCAAGAAUAGUGUGUCAUUGUGGAGUUAUGACAGUUGAUAUCCCAGGUUAAUAUAGGAUAAUCCUAGAUUUAAAAAAAUAAAUAAUGGGUGAGAUAAUCAACACUCCUUUUCUUGUUACAAAUGGGCUUAAUGUUUUGUUUCUUCUCAGCUGCAUCAGAUUCAGUAACAACUGUCUGUGGAUGUGCUGGGUGUCCGAGAGAUUAUGCUUAAUAGGCUCUAGUUACUUACCCAUGAAUGUGCACUGUUUAAAAUAUAUCUCCACUCAAUGUUAUUGCUAGCACUUGCCACCAAAAUAAAGUGUAUCAUCUGGGUUAACUUGGUCAUCCCAGAUGAGGAAACAUGCACUAUUUCAAGCAUACUGUAGUACAUGUAAUGUUUGCCUAAGUACAAUGUAAUUAUUAGGUGUUACACUUCAUUAUAACUAGCUAAAUCCUGUGUAUCUUGAGUGGUACUUACUUGUAAUUAAUGUGUACUUGUACAGUACACUACCCAUCCUGACAACCUGGCCUUCAUUUGAAAGCUUCUGGAAGUUUCACUUCAUAUCUGUACCUUAUUGUGAAAUGAAGUGAAACUUCCAGAAACGUUGAAAUGAGGGCAGGUUUGGGAUGGUUUGAGUUGUAAUGUAUUUAGAACCACGAGCACCAUCUCAACUCUCCUAUGAAUUCUGAUAAGGAAUGAAUUAUCAUUCAUUCCGAGGAAUACAGGGAGAUAAUGGCCAAACUUCAUGAAAUAUAAAAUGUUUCCUUGGGUUGUGUUUUUAAUUAACGUGUAACUGAACAACUAGUUUAUUAUACAUACUAAACAGGAAAGAGACUUUUGCUUUCCUGCCACCAUUAGAAACUCCACAAGUGAUGUUUUAUUGCACAUUUUAACUAAGAUAUAAGGUGGGACAAUGCUGGUUUUCCAAUGUAAAAAGCAAGCUCUUCAACAAAUGUUCUGUACCUCGCGUGUUGGUGACUGUACCUGACGUGAUGAUACGUACUGUAUGUAUUUUAUGACAAUUACUGAUGACCAUUUUGAUUCUGAUUGUAUCCUGCAACCAAUAACUAACUGUGACUCCACCUGCUGGAGCACUUUUUGGCUCAUUUCUUUUAGGUUGUGUGUGUUUUUGCUUUAGCAUUGUGGGCAAUGAGAUAAAUGUUUCCUCAAAUUGACAUGG